CAUACAAAAGAAAAAUCAGCUUGUUGUGGAGGUGGGCGGCAGUGGCACAGCACCCCCAUCAGCGAUGAGAUUCUUGCUGUCUACAAGGCCAGCCAUUCCAUGGCUUGUGCUUAUAUAGAGAGGCAAACCAUACGGGUUAAGCACCAUUGCAGCAAAAUUUCUUUUCUCUGAAUCUCUCUUCCAUUUCCAGAUACAUAGAAAGCACACCACACCAUCCCCCAUUCCAGCCAUGGCUAGCCAGCAAUUCUCUGAAGGCGAACAUCUCUUCACCUUCUGCUACCAUUGAAACAAAGUUUGAUGGCUUCAGGAGGUGUGUACGUGAGUACGUGUGCACAAUAGUAUCGAGCAGAUCAUAUGCAGCCAAAUUAUCCUUUGCCAGAGCAACAAAGGUAAAGUGUGAAGCUCGAGCUCGAGCACUCUCUUGCACUGAUCGACAUCUGCAAUGCCAUCCUAGAGAGCUUUUCUUAGCUCAAGACAAGCAGUCCGGAAAUUACAUUGGCUCUGAGGCCAAGAUAUAGUCCUUCAUCAGUCUGACCAGGAUGGGGCCAAAACAGUGGAAGAAGAUCAACCAGAAAUCUCCUUCAGCUGACAAGGAGGGUUGCAGGGUGGUCAAACUGUUGGCUGGAGCAAGAGAGGUCGUUGCUUCAAUGCUUCAGUCAUCCACACGGUUCCUACUGAAGCAACUUGUGAUGCCGAGUUAUAACAAGCGGUAUCUUGUCUCCAAGAAGUUCCACAAGAUAAGACUUCCAUGCAACAAAGAGCAAUUACUGAAACUGGAGUUUCGUUGUUCUUCAGGGCAGUGCUUAGACUUUGUUUGAGGAGAUUGAUCCCGAGCAUAGUUUCUUUUCUGAAUGAUACAUUGCCUAUGGUUCACUGUGAUUGGCACCCACCUUUUAGAGCGUCAGUUUACUGUUUAUGCUGCUGAUAGCUUGGACAGUGUCUACAAGAAAAACAACUUUCGAGCAUUUAACUCAGACAGAUCUUCAGAAAAUACAGUUACUCAGAAAUGCUCAUCUUUGCAGGCCGUCAUACAAUCUAAUAACAUAUUGUUCAAACCGGGUUUUGAAAUGUGUCUCUACAAGAUGGCCAUGUUAUUCAGAUGCCAUGUGUUGCUCAGCAACAAGCAAAGGAUCCUUGUGCAGUGGAUCUUGCUAUCCAUGGCCAAAUCAAGCCAACUCAAUAUCCAAGGUUGAGCAAGCAAGUAGCAUGUGUUGUACAACACACCACACCUAUUCAAAUCAGUAAAUGUAUAAUAACUAGAUAACACGUAUGCACCAACACAUACUGGGUCGCCAAUUAAUGGAACAUGAUAAUGUGAUAUCUCAUUGGAAGAAUAGCUACUGCACUGAAGAAUUUGAACUACACAUGGGCUAAGAUUCCAAAUGUUGCACCAGAUCUCACAAACUUGGUAUACAAAACUGUGGGGAUGAGUUGGCAUGAUUCCUUGUGUCUACCAUUCGAAUGGCGCUGUAUCAUACAGUUCCUCUGUAUAAAUAGGCCUCAGAAGAAGGCUAAACACAUCAAACCGAAAGGUGCUCUCUCAUUCUCAUACCUUCAAACCUCAAGUACUCAACACAGAGGAAAGAGUCUUAGCAACAGAUAUGGCUUGCCAUCUUAGAUCAGUUAGUUUGCCUUCUAGGCCUCACACCAAGGUUGAAGAGGAGCUGCACAGCCUAGAGGCGAGCAUCUCUUCAUCCUCCAUGGCCAUCGAGACAAUCUCUGAUGGUUUGAGGAGGAUUGGAGACAUCUACAGCACCAUUGAAGAGAUCAUGUGCCUUCCAAGCAACCAAAUUUGCUCUUCCCAGCAAAGGAAGACGUUGGAAGGUGAAACCGAGUGCUCCCUUGAGCUGCUAGAUCUCUGCAAUGCCAUGUAUGAGGACUUCACUGAGUUGAAGGCCAUUAUCCAAGAUCUGCAAGUGGCGACCAGAAAAGGAGAUGACACCGCUGUUCAGGUCAAGAUCCAGUCUUACACCCGCCUGGUGAAGAAGGCGAAGAAACAUUUCCAGAAGGCUGUGAAGAAGGUUACAUCCGACAAGGAGGACUACAGGAUGGUCAGGCUGUUGAGAGAGGCUAGGGAGAUCACCACCUCUCUCCUCGAGUCAACAGUACACCUCUUGUCCAAGCAAAUCGCAGUGCCAAAAUGGUCUCUCGUCUCCAAGGCAUUCCAGAAGAAGAACUCGGUUGUUUGCAAGGAGGAGCAGUUGCAGGUCCUAGAGUGCAGUGUUGGAGAUCUUGAGGCUGGAGCACGAAUUCUGUUCCGGAGAUUGGUCCAGAGCAGAGUUACUCUGCUAAACAUCCUUAGCUCAUAGAUACACUUCAAUAUCUGCUACUCUUGCACUAUGCGAUUGGCUUCCACCUUUUAAAGGAUUGCUGAUCUUUCCCAAUGUGUGUAUAUAUGUAGAAUUGUACAGAAUACUCCAUACAGAAAGGAAACAAAAGUUUUGAUCGAACUCA